UGAGAGUCAUACCUUGUCAGUUCACUGAGGAGAAAGCAGCAGAACAGUGCAGUUCCUUUCAGUGCAGUUUAACUUUGGAGAAGUGUAUCACCAUACAGCAGAGGAUGAUGGAGGAUUCUAUACCCAGACAAGGAAAGAGAAACAGAGAAGAUGAGGAGGAGUAUUUCCAAAGGAAAGAAUCCCAGGAAAGAAAGAGACAGAAGGGAGAAAUAAAACGGCGGCCCAGGAAACAAAGGAGGCCCAUGAAGAUAACAGCCAUCAAGCCAGAGACAUUUGAAUCUCUAUACACCGUUGGGGAAAAACUCGGUGUAGGUGCCUGUGGAACGGUCUUCGCCGGAACACGUGUUUCUGAUGGCCUACAGGUGGCCAUUAAGUUCGUUCAAAAACUGCAGAUCGAUCGAUACGUCCAAAGCUCUGUUGAUUCCAGGUCAAUUCCAAUAGAAGUGGCCCUGAUUAAAAAGAUGAGUGAACCACCAGUUAGAAACAUCAUACAACUCAUCCAGUGGUUCGAUGAGCCAGAGCGCUAUAUUGUAGUCAUGGAGCUCUUUCGUCCUUGUAUGGACCUGUUUGACUUCGUGCACAGGGAUCGAGAAUCUCUCAGUGAGGAGAUGGCCAGACAUAUAAUGGUUCAGGCGAUAGAGGCAGCAACUGAGUGCCACAAGCGAGGUGUCCUCCACAGGGACAUAAAAUUGGAGAACUUCUUGAUCAAUACAAACACUUUUGAGAUCAAGAUGAUCGACUUCGGCUGUGGUGACUUUUUCACAGAAAGUGAAUUUGAUCAUUUUAUAGGCACUGAAAAGUUCUGCCCUCCAGAGUUCAUUCUGUCUGGGAGCUAUCACGCCACUCCUUUAACAGUGUGGUCGUUAGGUGUGUUUUUGUUCAUUAUGGUCAAUGGAUUCUACCCCUUUACGACCACACAAGAUAUCAUUGACGGAAAUCUUCACUUCCAAGACCACCUAUCCCAUGAGAUCUGCGAUCUGAUUAGGUGGUGUCUGCAGGAAGACCCGACUUGGAGGCCUAGUUUGCAGCAGAUCUUCCAGCACCCGUGGUUUGAGUGGAGUGUCUAAGCCCAAGAUUAGGUGAUGGAGAAGGCACAGACAGUUGAAAGCGUAUGGAGAGAAGUUAGUGCCAGAUUCAAAUGCAAUCACUAGAGAGGAAAACGUGUGAAAUGCAAUGUAUACAUGAUAUUUAUUUUCAAUAGGAACAUGCACAAAAUAUGUGAUAAAAUGAAAAGCAAUGUUUGCAGUAUUGUCAUUUGAGCACAUAUUGUGCAUGCUAGUUGUUGAGGUAUCCGGUGUCGCCCAGAGGAGGAUGGGUUCUUCUUUUGAGUCCUGGUUCCUCUCAAGGUUUCUUCCUGUUUAUCUGAGGGAGUUUUUCCUUGCCGCUGUCGCCUUGUGCUUGCUCAAAAGAAGCUUGGACCCAGAUAUCUGUAUAGCUGCUUUAUGGCGGCAUUAAUUCGCAUUUUACCUCUCUAGGGAUUAAUUUUCUACAAGGCACUAAACAACUAUCUCCAUAGAAGGCAUUUACUGUUUAUUUCAAAUACAAAAAAAUAAACAGUGAAAAGUUAUGUCUCUGGACUUUGAGUGUUACAUGCAAAACAUAUUCAAUCUCUAGUAGUCCAAAAAUGACAAUCAUAUAAAUUAGAAGAGAGGCCUGAAUACCUUUCUGCUGGGUGCUAUACUGCUGGACAUACUGCUCAGCUGCUGGAUGUUGGCAAGAACUUCACACAGCAAAUCCAACCAGAAAUCAAACCACCACAUAAAACAGCUAAAACAUUAAACUGGCAUUUCAACUGGUACAUCAUAAAGCAGUUGACACAUAAUCUGGCACACUCUAAAGCUCCCAGGACUUGAAUUGGCACAUUCUGAAGCAGCUGGU